AGAGACGUGCCGAUGAAGAAACUGGCAGGCUGAAAGUCCAAUGGUAAACGACAGUGAAAGUAUCUUUUACUGCUGGUCCUUCUCUUUUUUACCGGUGUAGUUUAGUGCAUCAAUCUUCUCUCUGUUCGCACAUUGUGUAAUUGUGGUACAUAUUGGAAAGCGAUUGAAAGUAUUGUUAUUGUCAUUAAAGGCAUGCAGUUCACGGGAUUCGACAGGUUCUUCCAUUUCAACGAUCCAGUACAGUGGUACCGCCGUGCUUCAUUGUGGCUUACAAAAUGGAAUGGGGCGCCUUCCCGAGGCAGCGUGAAUACGUAAAAAAAGACUUAAAUCGACAGAAAACUGCAAGAAAUGAUGCGGUGGGUUUUCCUCCACGUCUUACCAGUGUCAUGUGGCCUUUUUCGAAUACUGCCAAUGUUCAUUUACACCUAUGCGUUUCCCAUCAUGGAUUGUUCAUGCCUGAUGUGUGCAUUCAUCCAUCCAUCGAGUGUCGAACAUCACGAAGGACAACAAAUAGAGACAGACCGGCGUCAUCAAGAUUCUCUCCGGCAGCAUGGUAGCAUCAGCGUGAUCAGGCUAGUACGCAUGCUCCCGCGAUUUAAAGUUGUUGGCGUAUCAAGCCCCAAAUGAUACCGCGCGCAUUUGGCGAACCGCUACUAGAAUAUCGGUAUAUAAGCGCUUCACAUACGUCCGACUAAAUCAAAAGACGCGUUUGCUUCCACAGCUCCACUUUUAAGCAUUUCUUCUACUAAACUGAUUUUUGAGCAGUUACGCAAAGGGUACUCGUCACCAGAGUAACAGGUGUGGAUGAAGGAAACGUUCUUAGAUAAAAGAUAGGCCUCAUCUAUUGAAACGAAAGUCGCAACCGAAUCGAUUUCUUUUCAUCUUAUUGCCUACUUCGUUGGAAUCGGAUCUCUUUGAAAUGUAUGGAUUAAUUUUCGAGACCAUAGGCUCCAUUGUUCAGAUGGAGUAUGGAAACGACGUGUGGCUGUCUCUUCUAGAAAAAGCGGGCUACCAGAACACCACAUUUUGCACUCACAGCAUCUAUCCAGAAGAAUUGGUUAUGAAAUUGGCGGGCGCUGCCGUGACUUUAAUCACGGACGCUUCGACCGCGGAAGAAUGUCUUACUUACUUUGGACGCUGCUUCAUACGAGCUGCUGGGGCUUUCAAAUAUGAAACGCUGAUCAAAAGUUGUGGACGAUUCUUCUGCCACUUUCUUUCCGGAAUAGACAGCGUCCAUCUGCACAUGAAAUACAGGUACCCUAAAAUGGAACAUCCCUUUAUUUACGUUUUGGAAGAGGAUGACAACGGUGUCGUCAUACACUACAGAACAUUCCGAAACGGAUUCUACCCAUUCCUUUACGGUUUGUUGGAUCAAGUUGCCACGGAUUUCUACGGCAUUCGUCUUUCCAUGACAGCGAUUUCCGAAAAUCCAUACGGAUGCAAUGACGUUGGCUACCAAUUUCGAAUUCGACUUAAUUUCGACAAUCGUAAUUACAUGGCUUGUAAGACCAUUGAAAAAGGGGCCAUGGCCCUCGAGCGUAAAGGAAACUUUCUCCAAUCGACAAACUGCAGAAAAGAACCAUCAACUGAACUCUCUAGUCGCACUUUGCUGAAACUUUUCCCUUUCAGUCUGAUUUUUAGCCAAGAUCUCAAGAUAAUGUCUGUUGGCUACCUGAUGAAGCAAAUAUUUUCGUCAAGGAUGUUGAUUGGACAAAUCCUACCAGAAGUUGCUCGAUUGCGACGUCCCAGAUUAAACCUCACGUGGGAAAAUUUGGUGACACUUCAACGCGUCGCCUGUGAACUGGAAAUGACAUUGGUCCAUAAUGGUAGUUGCAAACGUCCUUUGUUGGAUACUGCGUCGAACGAAGAACCCCGAAGACUUUUGCUUCGCGGAGAGAUGCGGCAUAUCCAAGAUUGGCAAGCAAUCGUAUAUCUCUGCAAUCCACUAAUUAACGACAUGGAGGACUUGUCCGACCUGGGCCUCGCUCUCAAUGAUCUCAGUUUGCACGGACACGGUCGCGAAAUGGUCAUGGCAGGAAAGCAGCACAAUUCCAGAUUGGAAGAUCUUUACGAACGAGCUGAAGAAAAAGCAAAUGAGCUGCAUAGGACUCACGAACUUCUCGACGAAUGGAAGCGAAGAGGGGACGAACUGCUCUACUCUAUGAUUCCUCAAUCAAUCGCCGAAAGCCUGCGGAGAGGCAAAGAACCGGUUGACACCUGCGAGGCUUUUGACAGCAUAACUGUCUCGUUUGUCGAAAUGACAAACAUUGACGAUAUAAUGGCUAAAAGUGCGCUAGAGGCCGUCAGUUACAUGAAUGCUAUUUUCUCUGCAUUGGACAAAAUAAUGGACCAGCACAACGUUUACAAGGUGGAGACGGUUGGGAAAGUAUACAUGGUUGUCGGAGGUGCACCGACGAGAAACGACACACACGUCAAAGAUGUUUGCAUGGUGGCGCUUGAAUUUCGGGACGUCAUUAACGAGUUGUCUGUGAAUAGUGCUACACCAGUUCAUAUUCGCAUAGGUGUUCACUCCGGAUCCACAGUUGCUGGAGUUUUGGGUAGGAAACAGCCACGGUAUUGUUUUUUUGGUGACACCGUCAACACUGCAGCUCGGAUGCAAACUACCAGUUUGCCGGGAAAAAUUCACAUUUCUCGGCCAUCUUAUAACCUUCUGCAAUGUUUUGUUGGAUUCAUCUGUGAAAUGCGAGGAACUAUAAUGAUCAAGGGUAAAGGCGAAAUGGAAACCCAUUGGCUCUUACGGUACCAUCCUCUUCAAGAUCGGUUGUUACAUGACGAUGAUUGCCGUGCCACUUGAGUUUGGUGGAACUCUCCUUCACCAUUUUCCGCAAGACGUAACUAUUCCCGAUGAAAAUAAAAGGAAAUUCCAGUAAAACGAGUUGAAAUACGUAUCCACACCUCUUUGUUUCCACUGUUGGUUCAAAAUUGCCGAGACAUCUGUGGUUCGUAAGGUCUCUUUGUUUUGGACAUACUGUCCUGAUUUGUCCCCUUAGAAUUAUUCCACUCGCGUAACGUUUGAUUGCCUUUUGUUGUCUAAUUAAUUCAUUAGGAAAAGGGGUGUUAACAUUGAUGUAUUUAUUUAGCGGUGUAAAGAAGGAAUCGACGACCAAUUUCCUUCAUCUUACUUGUUAACAAGAUACUGGUGAUACAUUCAAUCGCGA